CUCUGACAGGCCAUGUGCCUCCCACGUGCCCUGGGGAGAGGCCACCAUGCGUGGUCAUGUUCCGGAAUGAUGUCGUCCUGCCUGAGGUGCUCGUGGAGAAGCCCCCGUGCCAGAGAGAGACACUGACGGCCACAACUGAGCUGCCCCUGGAGAUGUCAGCCAUGGAUGCGGUGCCCCAGGAGGUGCCGUUGGCCACGGCUGAGCUGCCCACUGAGGUCCUGCCAGCUGUGCCCAGCGUGGUGCCACCUGCCGAGGCUGGGAAGGAUCCCGGCGGCAUUGAGCUGCCUCCCUGUGCUGGAAAGUCGGGGACUUGCCCUGGUGAGGAGCCCCCCAUGGCAGUGCCGGUGCUGCCCGCCUCCCUGGAGACAACAGUGGAGCAGCCCCUCCGGUCGGUGCCCCGGGGGACCUGCUUGAUGCACAACUGGCAGGAGGAGAGAGCCACAAACCACCUGGACACCGUGCCCGGGCGAGAGCCAAUCAAUGAGGGCUUCACCUACCGUCAUGGCCACCCUGGGCUGCUCACCCACGAGCUCAUCUCCUGGCCCACCCACAGCACCACCACGAAGGACACCUACCGCCCACCGCACAGUGUCCUGCUGCUGGGGCUAGGGCAGCGCAAGGCCAUGCUGGAGAACAUGCUCUACCAGAAAUACAGGAAGGAGAUGCUGGAGAAGAUCUGUCCACCCCGAAAGCCCAUGGAGUUGAUCUCCACCACCCAUCGGGACUACGGCGCCAAGGGCUGCCAGUUCACACCACCGCCCAGCAGCCAGCCCCACAACUACUUCACGGAGCAGCCCCGCAGCUUCUGGCUGGAGCAAGCCCACAGCCUGCCCGGUGUCACCGGCAUCCGCAGCGGAGACAGUCCCUUUCAGAGGAACGCAGCCUUCACCACCCCAGUUACCGAGUACCUGGAGCAGCCCCUGCCCUCCACCCCCCUGAGCAGCCGGUUCAUGCAAUAA